AGUGUUUUCAACCUGUGGAACAGGGAAGUGACAACUAGAAGGUUUGUAACUUCCAUAUAACCUGCGUCUGUUUUUAUUUUUUAACAGUAAAAGCUUCCGGUUAGGGCCGCAGUUGCUGUCGUUUCCUCAGUUUUCCUCCACCGCUAAACGGAGGCAGACGGACCUCCAUGUUGACUUUUUCUGACUAGAAGCAGCGUUGUUUAGAAAAUGAAGGUAGUGAGCAGAAAGCAGGCGGCUCACUGGAUCAUCAUCGCGGGGUUCAUCGUAAACCUUCCAGCGGUGUCAGCGGCUCAGCAGCCUCACGUCGUAUUCGUCCUGGCGGAUGACUUCGGCUGGUACGAUGUCGGUUACCACGGCUCAGAGAUCAGGACACCCAACCUGGACAAACUGUCGGCCGGAGGGGUCCGCCUGGAGAACUACUACGUCCAGCCGCUGUGCACCCCGUCCAGGAACCAGCUGAUGACCGGGAGGUACCAGAUCCACACGGGUAUGCAGCACCAGAUCAUCUGGCCCUGUCAGCCGUACUGCGUCCCUCUGGGCGAGAAGCUGCUGCCUGAGCUCAUGAAGGACGCUGGAUACGCUACACACAUGGUGGGCAAGUGGCACCUGGGCAUGUACAAGAAGGACUGCCUGCCCACCCGCCGGGGCUUUGACACAUACUUUGGUUACCUGACAGGCUCUGAGGACUACUACACUCACGUCCGCUGUUGUGGCAUCUCUGCUCUGAACCGGACCCGCUGUGCUUUGGACCUGAGGGACGGUGAAGAGGUCGCCACCGGAUACAAAGGAGUCUAUUCCACUGAGCUGUUCAGCCAGAGAGCCAUCAGCAUCAUCCAAAAACACAAAUCUACCAAGCCACUCUUCCUCUAUGUGGCACUGCAGGCUGUCCAUGAACCCCUGCAGGUGCCAGAGCACUACAUGGCCCCCUAUAGUUUCAUCAAAGACCCCCAUCGCAGGCAUUACGCUGGCAUGGUGUCGGCCAUGGAUGAGGCGGUGGGUAACAUCACCCAGGCCCUGCAGCAGGGAGGACUUUGGGAGAACACGAUCCUCGUGUUCUCCACAGACAACGGUGGUCAGACGCUAUCUGGUGGCAGCAACUGGCCGCUGCGGGGGAGGAAAUGGUCACUGUGGGAAGGAGGGGUUCGGGGAGUGGGAUUUGUCGCCAGCCCGCUACUGAAACAACCCGGGACCGUCAACCACGAGCUCAUCCACAUCUCUGACUGGCUGCCCACACUCGUUGGCCUGGCAGGAGGCAGCACCAAAGGCACAAAGCCGCUGGAUGGAUUCAACGUGUGGAACACAAUCAGCAAAGGAUCUGCCUCACCCAGGCUGGAGCUGCUGCACAACAUUGACCCUCUGUAUAAUGACGUCGCUCCAUGUCCUGGCAGGCAGCGUCAGUUAACUUUGGCUGAGGCGCUCGGUGGAGACUCCUGGGUAAACUCCGGCUUCAAUGUGUCCUUUCACGCGGCCAUUCGAUUCUCAAACUGGAAGCUGCUGACUGGCUACCCGGGUUGUGCUGUUUGGUUCCCCCGACCCGACCACAACAGCUCCGAGUGGAGCUCCUCUCAGGUGGAUCCGCUGAAGCCCGUGAUGCUGUUCAACAUCGAAAAAGAUCCAGAGGAGAGAAAUGAAGUAUCAGCUCAGUUCCCCGCAGUAGUCAACUAUCUCCUCACUAGACUCCAACAAUACCAGAAAAGUGCUUUGCCCAUAAACUACCCGGAUGACGACCCCAAAUGUGACCCGGGCCCCAGCGGAGCCUGGGGGCCCUGGGCUUAGACGGUGAUGACAGUGAUGGUCAAUAUGAAGACAAUAGCACUUUGUUUGCUGAGAUUCACAACAGCAGGAAUUGCAUUCUGUGGAGAAAAGUGAAGUUUUAGAAACAAAUAAUUUUCCUCUUUGGUGAUUAGGGUUAGUGGGACCUGUCAUCCGAUAAUUGAUUGGCAGAAGCUGCCAUUAUUAUUGAUUUCUGUCUCCCAGGCCUAUAAUGAUUUCAAAUCUGUUAGCUGCACCUGUUGCUGAUUUGUAAGACUAUCUCCCUGCUGUUUCAGGUAUUUGCACUUCAUUUAUCUGCUGUUGAGAAGCUGCAGGCCUCUUGUACACGUCACACACACACACAGAAAUAACAGGCCGUGUUUAACCUGAGACAAGUAGUUCACUGAACAAUCUGUGCUGUUCUCUUGAAGGUUUAAAAAUAUGUAUUUUCACAGAUUGUACAGUAUGUGCCAGAGAGAAAGACAAGAUGCUCAUGAUGUUGAUUUUAGACAGAUUUUUAAAUUUAAAGCUGCAAUAAUUGAUGCUUUUGUAUUGACAAAAAAUAAAGGGAUUUACACUACUGGUCAA